AUGUCUGAUGCCGCGGCUCCCUGCUCCAUCCAGGUUCAGGAUGUCUUUGGCGCUGCCGUCGCCGAAUCCUGCUUGCGAGGCUUCGAUUUUACGCUCCUUUUUGAGGAGACCAUUCUAACAGUCCUGCCCCUUGGCAUCGCAAGUAUGCUGGCCCUUUCCCCCUUGUGCUUCGUUCUGGAUCUCGCCGUACUCGGCAGAGGCGCCCUGACAACUAAUAUCUCCAAGUUCUUCUGGCUUUACUACGUGUAUCAGCCCUCUGGAAUUGCCCUCAAAAGGCACAGAGAUCAUGGCUUUUCCUUCUCAAACUGGUAA